AGCCGGAGCCGCGGCACGAGCGGGGCCCGGAGCGGGGGCCCGCGCCGCGCUGCUGAGGGAGCCCGGGCCGCCUGCUGCCCGGCCGGCCACGGCCACGGCCACGGCGGAGGCCCCGAGCUGGGAGCCACGAGAUUUGAGGCGGCGGGACCGGUCAACAGAAUGCGUCCUCCCUCUGCACGCGACCCCGAGGCCACCGAGAUGAGCGCCACGGCCGGGCCCUGGCAAGCGCCCACGUCUCACUAGCAGGGAGCCCGCCGGGCCACCAUGGUGUACUAGCCCCGAAGAGCCGCCCGCAACCUCAGGUCUGCACAGACCCGGGAUUUGCUCGGCAGCAGAGUCACCGUGGAGAGGCCAGGGUACCACAAACUUAUGGAUUUUGACAAGAAAGGAGGGAAAGGGGAGUCGGAGGAGGGUCGGAGAAUGUCCAAGGCCAGCGGCCGGACCAGCCAUGGCGUCCGGAGCUCGGGGACCAGCUCGGGGGUCCUGAUGGUGGGCCCCAACUUCCGGGUCGGGAAGAAGAUAGGCUGUGGCAACUUCGGGGAGCUCCGGCUAGGGAAGAAUCUCUAUACAAAUGAAUACGUAGCUAUUAAACUGGAGCCCAUCAAGUCCCGGGCCCCUCAGCUGCACCUGGAGUACCGCUUCUACAAGCAGCUCAGCGCCACAGAGGGCGUCCCUCAGGUCUACUACUUCGGCCCGUGUGGGAAGUACAAUGCCAUGGUGCUGGAGCUGCUCGGGCCUAGCCUGGAGGACCUGUUUGACCUGUGUGAUCGCACGUUCACACUCAAGACGGUGCUCAUGAUCGCCAUCCAGCUGAUCACGCGCAUGGAGUACGUCCACACCAAGAGCCUCAUCUACCGCGACGUGAAGCCCGAGAACUUCCUGGUGGGGCGCCCGGGCACCAAGCGGCAGCACGCCAUCCACAUCAUCGACUUCGGCCUGGCCAAGGAGUACAUCGACCCCGAGACCAAGAAGCACAUCCCGUACCGCGAGCACAAGAGCCUGACGGGCACGGCGCGCUACAUGAGCAUCAACACGCACCUGGGCAAGGAGCAGAGCCGCCGCGACGACCUGGAGGCGCUGGGCCACAUGUUCAUGUACUUCCUGCGCGGCAGCCUGCCCUGGCAGGGGCUCAAGGCCGACACGCUCAAGGAGCGCUACCAGAAGAUCGGGGACACCAAGCGGGCCACGCCCAUCGAGGUGCUCUGCGAGAGCUUCCCAGAGGAGAUGGCCACAUACCUGCGCUACGUGCGGCGCCUAGACUUCUUCGAGAAGCCUGACUACGACUAUCUGCGCAAGCUCUUCACCGAUCUCUUCGACCGCAGCGGCUUCGUGUUCGACUACGAGUACGACUGGGCGGGGAAACCCCUGCCGACCCCCAUCGGCACGGUCCACACCGACCUGCCCUCGCAGCCUCAGCCUCGGGACAAAGCCCAGCUGUACAGCAAAAACCAGGCGCUGAACUCCACCAACGGGGAGCUGAAUACGGACGACCCCACUGCCGGUCACUCCAACGCCCCCAUCACGGCGCCCGCAGAGGUGGAGGUGACUGAUGACACCAAGUGCUGCUGCUUUUUCAAGAGGAGAAAGAGAAAAUCGGCACAGCGACACAAGUGACCCGGGGCAGUGGUGCCCUGAAUCCUCCCGCCGCAGCCCCUGGGACCAGCUCGUCCGUGGCUGUGUGGCCCACGGCCCAGACGCAGACUGCAGGGCCGGCUGCAGCUGCCCGCCCCCCUCCCCCCCCACGUGGGGUCACCUUCACACGAGACUUUGGCCGAAAUUUCUACACCUGUGUCUAGUCCUCCCCUCCGAGAGCAUUAACUAUUUGAAACAAGGAAACGAAACACAGCGGCCGCCCGCCCUGCGCCCCUCCCGCCGCCGAAGUGAGUAGUCGGCCGCCCUGUUGGUUUCAUAAAGUCCAGCUUGUCUCCCUCGA